UACUGCGCCUUCUGCUUUGGUCUGCUGGUGGUAAACAUGGCGGCAAGUGUUGGUAGGCCGUUAGAAAAUCAUGAACUAGGUGUAAAAGAUAUCCUGUUACCGGGAACCAAAAUGGAAAAUAUGGAUGUCACCUCUGACAGUAUGCCUACAAUAAAGGAGAUGGUAAACGACAAAGUUGGAAAAGAAGUCAGUGUUGAUGAAAUGACGUCAAGAGAUUAUUAUUUUGACUCUUAUGCUCAUUUUGGAAUACAUGAAGAAAUGCUGAAAGAUGAGGUCCGGACACUCACCUACAGGAAUUCCAUGUAUCACAAUAAACAUUUGUUUAAGGAAAAAAUUGUUCUGGACAUAGGCUGUGGAACAGGCAUUCUGUCCAUGUUUGCUGCUAAAGCAGGAGCAGCUCGUGUCAUUGGAAUAGAAUGUUCCAAUAUAGUGGAGUAUGCCAAGCAGAUAGUAGAAGCUAAUCAGCUGAGUGACGUGGUGACUAUCGUGAAAGGAAAAGUGGAAGAGGUGGAAUUACCUCAUGGUCUGGAUAGUGUUGACAUAAUCAUCUCAGAAUGGAUGGGUUACUGCCUGUUCUACGAGUCAAUGUUAGACACUGUACUGUUUGCCAGGGACAAGUGGCUUCGCCCUGAUGGUUUGCUGUUUCCUGAUAGAGCUACUCUUUUUGUGACUGGAAUUGAAGACCGACAGUAUAAGGAUGAGAAAAUCAACUGGUGGGACGAUGUAUAUGGCUUCGACAUGAGUUCCAUUAGACGAGUGGCAAUCAGUGAACCCCUAGUUGAUGUGGUGGAUCCAAAGCAGGUGGUCACAAAUGCAUGUUUGUUGAAAGAAGUUGAUCUGUACACUGUAACAAAGGAAGAUCUUAAUUUCACGGCGCCAUUCCAUCUUCAAGUACGUCGUAAUGACUACAUUCAAGCACUUGUCACCUUCUUCAACAUUGAGUUCACCAAAUGUCACAAAAGAGUUGGGUUCAGCACAGCACCUGAAGCACCAUAUACACACUGGAAACAGACUGUGUUUUACUUCGAUGAUUAUCUAACAGUGAAGAAAAAUGAGGAGAUAUAUGGGGUUUUUUCAAUGAAACCAAAUGCUCGUAAUAACAGAGAUCUGGACUUCACUAUUGAAUUAGAUUUCAAGGGUGAGCUUGGUGAAGUACAUGAGACAAACAUUUAUCGCAUGCGUUAGGCAUAAGUGUGUGCAGUAGGGAAUUAAUUUUUAAAAAACCCAUUAAGCACAUGCAGAGUAUGGGAAAAUAAGAAUUUAGGAUUUCGUAUUGGUUGAGAACACCUCACAUAUUUUCCUGUUCAGCAUGCAGCAUCAGUCAAGAGGGUCUGUAGAAAUGUCUGUGAUGCAGGAGAAAAUAUACUGUUAGCAAUUAUGGAACAUAUUUUUUAACUUUGUAACACAUUAAUUUAAAUUCUGUUCCCAGUUAGUAGUUCAGAGCUUUGCAGAAUGGUUAUACAUUUCUUACAGAUUGAAGAAUAUAGAUGCCAGAUAUUGAUGAAUUUAUACAUCUUUCAUUGUCCAGUGGAAGGCAGAACAAAUGUAAUUAAUGGCUGGGUGCACAGUUCUCGGCCAUUGAAAGGAUCUUGAGUGUUUAAUUGUAUAUGUACUUCAGACCCUGAACUCUUACCUACCCGUCUCAUGUAUUGUAAUGUGAUAGGUGUGUUAUGAAGGGGGUAUUUUCUUCUGGAAAAUAUAAUUGUGUAUUUUUUUUUGUGUGUGUUAUAUUAGGAUCUUUAUUGACUGAUUUCUCAGUCAUUUUUCAUAUAUUCUACAUAAACCACUCAACACAAUAGGUCCUGUUUCACUGUUUGAAAAUGUUAGGUUAAUUCUUCUAAGUGUCUUGAAGUAUGGUAAGAAGGGAAGACCACAAAAUAUAAGAUACAGUCCUAAAAGACUCAUUUUUAAAUUAUUUCAUAAAAAAUAUUAAGGAUCCUAACAUAUUUCAAUUAACGAGAGAAGAAACUUGUGAAAAUAUUAGAAUUGCGUUUGUAUAGGAAAUUUCAGUUUCAGCAUGUAAAUUCACAGAAUUUGUAACAGUAUGUUUGUAUAUCUGCAAUUUAUGAUUUGACAUCAAGCAUUUGAGAAUUUUUUUUUUUGUUAUGAUGUCCUUGACCCUUUAAAAGCCAAAAUUUGGCUAAAUAAUAUUUAAAACUUCAGUUCCUACCUCUGGUAACACAAAUUAUCUCUGCUACAGAGACCAAACAGUUAAUGCAAUUGAGGAAAGUAACAGCUCUUUAUUGUGAGAAUCAUAUGAACUACACUCUGCAUAAAAAUAUGGUUUUUGUAUCUGAAAGCAGGUUAUACAUAAUCACGAGGCUUUAAAGGGUUAAACCACAGCAGAAUUUUUUACCUUAGUAUUUUUGCUGGCUAUUCCCGAACAUGUCACUGAAUGGACAAUGUGAGACUAUUAUAUAAUGCAAACAAAUGUCAACAUACUUUUGGAUUUGUAAACUCAGUAUAUUAUACAAGUGAGAAUGAAUGAAGUGGUGUUCAGAAAAUCUUUUUGUUGGAAAUCAAAAUAGAUUUAUAUAUUGAUAAUUUUAAGAACUGUAUUCAGCUUCAGUAUUUGAAUGGUUACAGAUUGUUGCAGGAUGCCUAUGUUUAAAAUCUGCAUCCUCCAACAGUACUCAGUUUGAUCAAACACUUCAAUGUAGUUUGAAUAAAUGUUCAUAGUUUUAACAGUGCAUAAUGCUUGCUUCAUUAUCGCCAAUCAGAGGUUACAAGCAGAGAGGCACACUGCUUACAGAAGUGGCACUCCCCCCCACCCCUGUAGUAGUGCUUAUUUAGUAGAAAAGUGAGCUGUUGUAAUGGCAUAUAAUUUUGCCAGAAUUUGAUAAUAACAUUUUCCCAGUUGUAACAUCGGGUUUAAUAAAGAGAAAAGUAAAUGCAA